AUGGGAUGUCUUAUUCAAUCUGAAACUAAGAAUCCUUCUAAUUAUGAAGAAUAUAAUCGUUAUAAUAGUAAUCAUUAUAUGAUAUCAAUAGAAUAAUCAAAUAGACUUAUUGGAGGUGAUUCUAAUCAUGAACUUAGUUAAAAUGUUUAUCAAUUCUUACAUAAAUUAGGAUUUAAUUGCAUAGGCAGCAGAACGUAGAUUAUAAAAUUACGAAAAAAGAGGUUUGACACCAUUAUCAUAACUUGAAUUUGAAUAAAAAAAGUAAAAGUAAGAAGAAGCUGAAAUAUAUAAAAAAGAAGGAAGAUCAUAAAAUUAUAAAUGGGAUUGA